UCUUUAGUGGUAUAAAACAAAUCAUACAUCUUCAUGAUUUGCAGAUCUAGGCAUUGACCCCCCCCCCCCUCUUCUCGUCAUUUCCUCAUCUCCUUCUAUCUCCACCUGCGCUUUUGCUUGGCCUCCAUCUACGUUAUCAUGAAAUUUUUCUUCUCUUUUGUGGUCAUCAUCAUCACCAAUAUAAGAUUCAUUUUAAUCAUAACUUAAAGAAAGAUCAUCAUUAUUUGUAUCUGCCUCCUCUUUCUCAAAAGUACCAUCGUCAAAAUCAUCAGAACCGGCUGACAUAUCAAAACCUAAAGCACAAUAAAAUUCUCAAUACAAACAGGGACUCCCUCUACUCUCUCAACUGGGUCAUGUGUUCUAGUUCGACAACAUAUUUCAAUGACCACAUCCUAACAAACAAUAUUUGCACACUCAACUAUAUCCUUGUACUAUCUCCAAUGCAUCUCCGGUUACAAUUUCAUAAAAACAUAAUGGGACGUGGUUUUACCGUAGUCAAAUCACCCUCUCACUGAAAUUUCAUCAACUCGACAAUAUUUCAUUGAAAUCAUACGGUGAACUAAGUCUUCGAAGCAUGGAGGACUCUCGAAUAAUUCAAAUCAUAGCAAUGGUAUGGCAUAUUUUGUGUUAGAUACGGCACAAUAAUCCUACAUGACUUUGAACUCACGCAUUACUCACUACCUCCAAAAAUUUGAACUCAAAUCAUAGCAAUGGUAUGGCAUAUUUUGUGUCAGAUUGCACAGUAACCUUAGAUAUCACAACAUUGAAUGGGUUCAAAAUGCUAUGUAUGGACCAGAACAUUCAUUUUCCUGCGAGAUCAAUUAAAUAGGACACAAAAUUUAUAUAGCUACUUUUGCCCACACAAUGACACUACGUACACAAAUCAAACAAUGCAACAAGUUUCACACGACAAAAUAGCGGGCAGAGAAAAGUCUGCGUAUUUUCUAAGCCUCCAAUCCAACAUUACAUUUAUCUAGUGCAUCAUAUUUCAAAAUCUAAAUGAAACUUUAACCACCAAUAAUCUUAAAUAUUUUUCCGGAGUGGUGAGGAAUGUUUUCCCCACUUUUUCCGCCCCAAAUCACCGGAUUUAGGGGGGACGGGGUGGCGGAAGGUGACGGUGAAGGAGGCUCGAGCUAAGGAAGAAAGGAGGCGGGAGGGAGGGAGAAAGAGGGGUAGGCAUGUGGCCUUUAGAGGCUGUGUCGCGCCAGGCUCAUGCCACCCGAGCCGGCAUGGUCAAACUGGCUAUCGGGUAAAGAUAAUUUUUAUACCCGGAUUAAACUCUAUAUAUUUCUUGUGUGUGCGGCGUGCGGGUGCUGCCGUUGAGAUCCGCACAUCUCGCGCGCGCGCAGCUCGUGGAAGCGUUAUUAAGUUUUCGUUCUCGCUCAUUUCGGCCAAGGCCUCGUCCACGAUGGCUCUCCUCCCUGCCGCCAUGCGAUCGAUCCUCAGAGCUCGGAGUACCCGUGUUCGUCGCGCUGCUCGCGACUUGCAGGCCGGAGGAGGCGGCGGCGGCUCGAGCCUCCUGCGCCGGUGGCAGUCGUCGUUGCCGCAGCUCGACCACGUCGACAGGUCCGACGACGAGAUCGACUGGGACAACCUCGGCUUCGGCCUCACCCCGACCGACUACAUGUACGUCAUGCGGUCCUCGCCGGAGGACCUCGGCGCCUUCCCCCGCGGCGAGCUCUGCCGCUACGGCAACAUCGAGCUCAGCCCAUCCUCCGGCGUCCUCAACUACGCCCAGGGGCUGUUCGAGGGGAUGAAGGCGUACCGGCGGCCGGGGCGCGCCGGCUACACGCUGUUCCGGCCGGAGGAGAACGCGCGGCGGAUGCAGUUCGGCGCCGAGCGGAUGUGCAUGCCGGCGCCGUCCGUGGACCAGUUCGUCAGCGCCGUCAAGGAGACCGUCCUCGCCAACAGGCGUGUGCCGCCGCAGGGAAAGGGGGGCCUGUACCUCCGGCCCCUGCUCAUGGGGAGCGGCCCGAUUCUGGGGCUGGCGCCGGCCCCCGAGUACACGUUCCUCAUCUACGCCGCGCCCGUCGGAAACUACUUCAAGGAGGGCCUGGCGCCGAUCAAUCUCGUCGUCGACGACGAGUUCCACCGCGCCAUGCCGGGCAGCACCGGCGGCGUCAAGACGAUCGCCAACUACGCGCCGGUGCUCAAGGCACAGAUGGACGCCAAGAGCAAGGGAUUCACGGACGUGCUGUACCUCGACUCGGUGCACAAGCAGUACCUGGAGGAGGUCUCGUCGUGCAACGUGUUCAUCGUCAAGGGCGGCGUCGUUGCCACGCCGGCCACCAAGGGCACCAUCCUGCCGGGGAUCACGCGCAAGAGCGUCAUCGAGCUCGCCAGGGACCGCGGCUACAACUACAAGGUGGAGGAGCGGCUCGUCUCCAUCGACGACCUGAUCGACGCCGACGAGGUGUUCUGCACCGGCACGGCGGUGGUGGUGGCGCCGGUGUCGACGGUGACGAACAAGGGGCGGAGGCACGAGUUCAGGACCGGCCCGGACACAAUGUCGCAGGAGCUGUACACGACUCUGACGUCCAUCCAGAUGGGCCUGGCCGAGGACAACAAGGGAUGGACGGUGGCAGUAGAUUAAGGCGACGGCAUGGGGUGCCAGGGAAGGGCCGCGGCAUUCAUAUAGUAUUUUUUGCUGCUUAUUAUUAGGUCAGCCAUUGUGAGCAGCUAUUGGUAUUAUUGUCAUCACCCAUCAGGUUGAAAAAGCAUGCAUGCCAUGAUCAGCGUGUAGUAUCAGGGCAGCGGUAAAAAUAAACCGUGUGUGUUGAACUGUUGAUGGCGAUUGAGCAGUCAUUGGUUUCAUCUCCGAGCUCUGAAUCUCUGAUGAUGUUCACCCAUCUUCCAUGCCA